AUGGUUCCUCAAGAGGUAAAAACUUAAUACUACUAAGACAUCAUCAAUUCGAUCGAUUCUGCCAAUAAAAUCACAGCCAAAUAGUUUAUGAAGCAAACCUACACUGAUACCGAGGCGAGAAUCAAAAUUAAUAAAUCGCAGGAUAUAGCUCCAGAGGAAACAUAGAAUCAAUCCCAAAUCGAUUAACCAGGAAAGCUAAUUACUAUAAAGUCCACACUUUCUAUUAAUGCCCUAAGAGAGAAAUCCCAAUAUCAAAUCAUAAUCGAAUCAUUUCUCUAUGGUUUUGCAAAUUUCCCCCUACUCUAUUACAUAAUAUUGCUCACUGCCUCAAUUCAAUAUGAAGUCAUCGGUUUUUAUAAUCAAUUAUAUAUGGGAUUGUAAAUAGUCCUCUGCUUUUGCAUAUCAUUUUAUGAUACCUUCAUGAAUAAAAUUCAUCUUUAUCGAUCAAUAGAGCAAGCCGAUCAACAACAAAUAUUUGCCUACAUAGAUGACGAAUUUAGAGAAUGCAGCAUCGGCCAAUUAUAACCUGGACAUUUGAUUAAACUCCUCCCGAGACAAAAAUGCCCUACAGAUGGUAUAAUAGUGGGAACUACUGGAGUAUCUGAAAACAUACCAUUAUUAGAAAUUGGAGGUUAGACAAUAACUCGUAGAGCAGGGGUUGCAAACUUCUGUGUUGGAAGACAACUUGAGGGCAAAUUGGAGUUUGAUUCCGAAGAGAAGAAGGUUAGAGUCGUUAUGAAGAUGGAAACAAACUAAUUUUGUCUGGAUUUCUAACAACAAAAUAAAAUUCGAAUUCUAUAAGCCAAUAAUUCAUUUGAUGAACUCUUUAUUCUUGUAACUGGUUAAACUAUGAAAGAACAAAAGGAAGAGCAGAGUUCUGCAUAUGAAAAAACAAAAAUUAAUCCAAAAUUAGGUUUCUCCUUGCACAUUCAAAACAUUAUUGUUAUUAUGUUUACCCUUCUAUUAUGUGUCACCUUAUUGGCAGGUCACUUUAUUCAAACUAAAUACUUAUACUUGGACGAUAAAUUGAGUGAGGGAUAUAUGAAAACCUAUUUGUAAUUUCUGUGCACCUUCAGUUGGGGAAUCCCCAUCAUGUAAAUUCCUCUCGUCUUGAUAAUCAACAGGAUUUCCAAAUACUAAGCUGAGCAUGAUCGUCUUAUCGAUGUUGAUAUUUCUGGGAAGAGAGUCGAGAUUACUAACAGCAAUGCACUAGCCAAUAUGGCCAGAGCCAAAUAUAUCCUAACUGAUUUAAAUCUGCUCACUAGAUAAACCUUGGUAGUAAAUAACAUCUUAUUGAAUAAAUAAUCUGAUGAAAUUAACCUCAACGAUCUAGUUACAGUUACACCUAUUGAAGAUAUUGAUGAUUUUAACUUCUGCUAAUAAGAAGCCAAAUAUGCACUUUUAUCUUUUCAAACUAGCAAAAAAAGUGAGGAAGACAUUGCAACUCAAAAACGAAUCCUUGAUUACGGUCUAUCUAUUGGAAUCAAUGGAACAUAAAGGAUAAUAUAAGAUUAAGAGUAAAAUCAGUAGUAUUUUAAAACAAAGUUUGAAGUAGUCACUUCAAAAUAUUUCCUAAUUGGAUAUGAAUAAGUUCUAAAAGAAGAUAAUAAAUAAUAUAUUAUUGUCUUUAGAUCGAAAUUUACAGAUUGUAAAGAUUUAUUAUCAUCUGAAAUUUAGUUAUAGAUUUCUAGUUUAUUAGAUGCUAAAGACAAUCUUAAUCAAAUGAAUAUUAUUUUUAGAAAGAUCGUUUCGAUGUAAUAUUUAGACAAAAUAACAAAUAUGGUUAAUUAACAGAGAAAAGUUGAUGAUGAAACUUUAAAACAAAUUAAAUCUGAUGUUGAACCUGUCCUAUUUAUUGAAAUCAUUGAGGACUUUUAUGACUGUUCUCAAGAAAUCAUGGAUAUUAGACAAUGCUAAUAUAAAAUUUGGAUUAACUCUCACAUCAAAGAUCCUUAAAUCUUAGAGAAUGACCCAACUAUGGUAGGAGUGUUUGAGUAAACUACUCCUUAGAUCAUGAUAUGUCAAAAUGGAGACGAGCUUCAAGUGGCUCUUGAUUAAGUAGAAAAAAACAGUUAAAUCAAAAAUUUUGGUAAAGAACUUAACAUAUUUAUGAAUGAAAGACCUGUUUUGCUCAUCAUAGAUGAUACAACUUUAUAAAUUGGGUUGAAGAACCAAUUACUAAAUGAGAAAUUUAGAAAUUUCUUUCUAAAAAUUCCUCUUGUUUUAAUACUCAAUUCUAAACCUCAUAUUGACUAUUUGCUAUCAUCAAUCAUCAAAUCACACGAAUUAAUUUGCAUUACUAAUUACAUCACUUCAACACCAUCAAUGUAGAUUUGUUUGGAAAAUCAAACAGAAACAGCAUUUGAUAUAAAAAUGCCUACUUUUAGUUUCUUACCCAAAAUUUUAAUUAUACAUGGAAGAUUAAAUAAUAUUCGACAGGGCUCAGCGAUCUCGCUGAUCAAUUAUUUAUCUUUUAUCUUGUUUUUUAUUUAAUUUGUUUAUGCAUGCUACAACAGAUUUUCCUAAAACUAUCUAUUAAAUGAAUUUAUAAUCUUUAUAAUGAUGUUUUUUACUAUCUGCUACAUUUUCAUAUUUUUUAGCAUGGCAUAGGAUUUCCCUUUUGAAAUUUUGAGAAGCCAACCAGCGUAUCAUUUGAUGGUGAGAACUCCCAAAAACCCCUAUAAAAUAUUACUCACUCAAUUCUUCUAAGGGGGUAUUCAUGGAACCUUUAUUGUCAUAUCAGUAAUUUAUACCUUUUAUGGUUCAAAUGAUUAAAAUGGAUAUGUUCAUGGCUAUUAACUACAAUAAUUUAUGACAUUUACUAUCAGUUUAUUGGUGAUUGCUUUUAAGCCUAUAAUUGAUUAAUAUAAAAUUGUGAAAUCAUAGAUAUAUCUAGCUAUGGCAUAUAUCUUUGCUACUGUGAUGAUCAUCUAUAAGAAUAACGAAGAAAUGGCAGAUUUAUUUGAGACCGGAGUAAAAACUAAAGAUUUAUGUGCUCUUGUGUUUUAUCCCAUUUGUGCUUUGAGUCCAAAUUUGAUCGGAUAAUUCAUACAACGAUUAUUAUCGACAAACAAUUUAAAUUAAUGCCUUUACAAGAUGGAAUAGAAACAUGAAGAGGAAUCAGAGAAUCAAAAAUUAAGGGAUGCAAAGAAUUAUAUCAGACUAUAUUAAAAAGAGGAGCUAGAAUAAUAAGAAGACAUUGUAAAUUCCAAGAAAGUCCUAUGA